CUGUCUGGUCGAGUGAAUCUCACGGCGGCAACUUUGCGAGAUUCGACCUUGAUGCCGGGUUUGGAACACCGAAUACCGAGAACCAUCUGCCGGGGGGCGUCCAGGUUGGGUUGCACGUCCGAAACCAUGGAGGCAGUGUGUGUUGCCCGCCAGGUCAGCAGCGUAGGAGCAUGUAGAAGUUGUGGUCAUUGUGGGUCUCUCGAUGGACUCAAAGCCGACUUAUCUUCCCAGACACCGCCCAGCCUCCGUAGGGACCCAUCUUGCCGAUUGUAGUCCGUAGUCCCAUUCUUCUUCGGACAUCGCUCACCGUUCGAGUUUAAUCAAAGAGAACAAACACACAAACACAACGACGCCGUCCUCCCAUCAUGAAGGCUGUCGAGAUAAUCAAAGAUGACCUGAAAAACGACGUAACCUGGAAUCGAGCGGGCCAGCUGGGCGUAAAGGGGGCCCGCGCUCUUCCCAGAGCCUCGGGCCAGUAUCUUGUUGACAAAUUACCCAUUAUCGGAUGGCUGCCUCGAUACAACUAUCGAUGGCUCCUGAACGACGUGAUAGCUGGCUUGACUGUCGGGCUCAUGCUUAUUCCCCAGGGGCUGUCAUAUGCCAAGAUUGCGACCAUCCCUGUGCAAUAUGGCCUCAUGUCGAGCUGGCUUCCGUCCGCCAUCUAUUGCUUCAUGGGGACGACCAAAGGCAGGUACUCCCCAGGCCGAGAGUCCCCCAACCUGUCGACUGGUCCAACCUCCCUCAUCGGACUUCUCACCUCGGAAGCUGUCGAGCAGUUGAAAGAUGAAUACCCUCCGAGUGAAAUCGCUUCGGCCGUUGCUCUCAUGAUGGGUGUCUACGGCAUGAUCAUCGGCUUCCUGAACCUUGGCUUCCUCCUCGAGUUCAUCUCUCUCCCCAUCCUGAGCGGAUUCAUCUCGGCAGUGGCCAUCACCAUCAUCCUCAACCAGAUGAGCUCCCUUCUGGGCGAGUCUAAUGUCGGCGACGGCACCGCGCGACAGAUCCACGACAUCUUCAACAAGCUUCCCGAUGCGAACGGGUACUCGUGCGCCAUUGGCUUCUCGGGCAUCGUCCUCCUGACCAUCCUCGACCAUGCAUAUAAGAGGUGGAACAAGAACAAGAUCCUCUGGUUCCUGUCCAUCACCCGCGCCUUCCUCUGCCUCGUCCUGUUCACCGGCAUCGGCUACGCCGUCAACAAGAACAGGGGCGACCCGUCCAACUACCUCUUCCCCGUUGCCCAGGUCCAAGCUAACGGCCAGGAGCCGCCCCGCUUCCCCAACCGCGAUCUGAUCGCCAAGGUAGCCGCCCGCAGCGUGGCCGUCUUCGUCGGGUCCGCGGUCGAGCACACGGCCGUAGCCCGCGCGUUCGGCGUGCGGAACAACUACGUGACGGACCAGAGCCAGGAGAUCGCCUACUACGGCGUGACCAACUUUUUCAACAGCUUCUUCCAUGCCAUGGGGGUCGGCGGCGCCAUGUCCCGGACGGCCGUCAACUCGGCGUGCAACGUCAAGUCCCCGCUCGGCGGCCUCGUCACCACGGCCAUCGUCCUCAUCUCCAUCUUCAAGCUCGUCGGGACGCUGUACUGGAUCCCCAAGGCCACCCUGGCGGCCAUCAUCAUCUGCGCCGUGUGGCCGCUCAUCUCCCCGCCCCAGGUCUUCUACCGCUACUGGAAGUCCUCCCUCGCCGACUUCAUCUCCUCCAUGAUCGCCUUCUGGGUGACGCUCUUCGUGUCGAGCGAGAUCGGCAUCGCCGCCUCGGUGGGCUUCAACAUCGUCUACAUCGUCCUCCGGCAGGUCUUCACCCGCAUGUCCUCCAUCGGCGCGGGCCCCUCGCAGCAGUCGGAGCUGGCCGCCUCGAUCGAGGAGUCCCGGCGCGGGAUCCCCAGCAGCGGCGUCCCCGCCGACGCGCACGUGUUCCGCCUGGGCGAGAGCCUUUUCUUCGCCAACGCGUACGCCGUGCACACGGCCGUGCUGGACGUGGUCAAGACGCACCACGCGCCCGCCCACGGCGGCGCCCACGGGUCCGAGGCCGAGCGCAACUGGUCCGUGGUGGGCGAGCAGCGCGUGGCACGCCUGCGCCGGCGGGCCGGCGUGUCGGACGCCGCGGGGCUGCACCCCAUCGGCCUCGUGGUGCUCGACUUUGGCCGCGCGAACCACGUCGACACCACGGCCGUCACGCACCUGCGCAGCAUGGCCGCCGAGCUGAGGAAGUACGGCGGCGACGAGGUCGAGAUCCGUUUCGUCGGCAUGUCGCCGUACGUGCGCGAGCGCUUCGAGCGCAUGGGCUGGCACAUUGUAGACGCGUCGGCGAUGUCGUCGUUGUCGUCGUCGGGGGACGAUGGGGCGCAGCAGCAGCAGCAGCAGCAGGCGACCAAGCUGUUCCCGGAUAUUGCGAGCGCGGUGGCGGCGCCGAGGCGUGCGCUUGUGGAGGAGGAUGUGGAGCUUAAGAAGAUGGAGAGCGAGUAUGGCAAGGUUACCUCGUCUCAUAAGGAGAAUGCGUGA